CUGACAUACAUUGUACCAAUGCUUUUCUUUAGAUGAAGACACGUCUGUUUAUCUGGCUGUGACCAUCAGAAAUACUCAUAAGAAACUGACUUUAAUGUCACACAGUUCGAAAUACAGUCAAGCCGUGAAGUCCAGAUGUUUGCACUGGAGUCUGGAAGGCAUUAAGAUAUGGUCACAUUAGGACAGGGCUCUUCAUCCAAGGAGGACGAAAGAGCCCACAUCAUCAAAGACAGAAGCAAAAGCAGAAUGUCCAGGUGGCUGGAUUAUGGCAGUAUCAAUGCUGACGGACCGUGGGAUUCCUGUCCUACCUGUCAGGGAAUAGGACGCAUACCACGAGGUCAGGAGAACCAACUGGUGGCUGUCAUCCCCUGUAGUGACCAAAGACUGAAACCAGCGCGCACUAAGCUGUACGUAUGUAUAUCAGUGGUGCUCUGCCUCCUGUUUUCCUCCUUGGUCCUGUUCUUCCUCUUCCCGCGGAGCAUCGUCAUGUCACCCAUAGCUUUUCAGUCUGCUCUGGUCUAUUUCACGCCGGACACUGUUGAAAUGACCAUCAAGAACAACGUGAACAUCAGCAAUCAAAAUUUUGUGGCCGUCACAAUUCAUGACCUGGAACUACAGGUGCUGAUAUAUGAAACCGUGGUUGGCAAGACCAAGCUUGCCAACGUGACGACGAUUCCUCCCCUGACACAGAGAACCGUCAGUGUUAACACUGAAAUUGUUAUCGACGACAGAGGUCUGAAUAAUUACUGCAAGUCCAGUGCCAUCAGAAUCCACACCUUGUUCUUCCAUCUCCAAAUGACAGUGAAAGUGGAUUAUCUCUCUCAUUCGGAGCAGCUGUCUACGGACACAUAUGAGUAUAUUGAGUGUGGGUCAAAUACUACGAUCCCACACUCCAUGGGGCCUAAUUAACUGACCACUUUUUAAAAUGUAUGUAUGGGAUGAAGACAUUACCUGAGUGUGAAUGAAUCUGUGUGUGUGUGUGUAUGUUCAUGUGUGUGUGUGUGUGUGCGCGCACACACACAAAGUAGUCCUUCAAAUACAUAAAAUCUGCUUUAAAAGGGACAUUUUAAUGUUUACAAUAUAAAAUACCUUUGUUAGCAUCAAUCAGCAUUUUAUCAUUUACAGUUCUCCUGCGAGUACUCUGAUUUGACUUUAUUUGUUUGUGUGAAGGUCUGAGAGGCAAUACUGUGAAGUCAAAUAUCUGUUGUUUACACUGAUAUUUGUAAAUUUUUUUGUUAAUUAUUCUUAAAAUCUUGCACAUUACAAUAAACGUACCAUAGA